CCCGCAUCCCCUUGCCGUAACGGGCCCCCUCUUAUCAACGCAACGCAUACGUCAAUUGUAUAUGCCAGAGUGUAUAUAAUUCAACCCGGCAACCUUUCAAUAAACAUCGUUAUUCCUACUGUAAACCCUAAGCAGCACGAUUGAUCGAUCGAUUGGCGGUUGCCACGCGCCCACCCCUGGAAUUGUUUCUUGUUCGAGUCUCAGCCCCUCGAUCGACAAGACAGCCUCGCCCGACGCCACUAUCGCUGCUUUGGGGCACAGACUACUGGGUGCAUCAUUGCGAAACACUUUCGAAGGGGGACAGUGGUGUCUUUUUAGAUACUCCGUUGAACUGGUGUUUCUGGCUGUGUUUCCUGUCCAAACUUGCUUUUUAGAAGGGUACAAAACAUUGCGACAAACAAUCCGAGGGACACUUGACGACCAUACAACACGACGACAAUCACGGUUCCAGGAGACAGACAAACAAGCCGAAACAUUUGGAAACGAUACUGUGAAGCUCUCUCUAUACUAUAUACUCCUCCUCUCGCCUCCGGCUGUCGUCUAGUCCAUACUCGCCCCUCACGAAGUUGUCCUACAACCAAGUUCCCUUGCAUCCACGCGACACCUAUGGCCACAUCUCCCACACGGCCAAUGUCUGUUUAGGAACGUUCACCACGCCUACCACCGAUACAGGUUGAACCCUCAUGCUUGACAUACCGUCAUAACAAUGUCCCUUGGUGUCGGCAUCCAGUCCGUAGUCUUCUACGUCCUGUCCUGCAGCGCCUGCGCCAAAAUCUCCCACCGCCACAAAGCCAAAGCCGAAGCGAAGCGCGAGCGCGCUGAGAAGCAGAAGCUGGAAACAGACCAGCCAGGCCUAUACCACCACCCGUCACCCUUCAACACGAACCCCUACUGGGAUGAGGAAAUCACACUCGGUCCUGGCCCACCGAGUCGAAAGAACGGAAGCAAGAAUACCAGUUCGAGAGCGCUGAAUACCGCGGGGAAUGCUAGCAGUAUAGCCGCCAGCGUGGCGCCGAGUUCGCAGGCGCCGAGCAGCCCUACAAUAGUCCCGGAGGAUCAGCGAUUGAGCGGGGAUGACUGGAACCGCAAGCGGUACCAGCGCGAAGACGAGGAGCUCUGGGGCGUCGACACGAUUAAAGCUGGACAACGGCGCGUGCGCGACGCUUUUGCGACAGCGCAGGUCUCUGUCGGCUCGAAGCUGCGCGCUAUGGAGGAGCGAUUAGGCAAAUUCGGCACCGUGAAAGAGGAGGAUACCCAUCCGUACUACGUGUCUCGCAACCCCCCGGUCAACGACCUACAUCCCCCCGUCGUGAGCAGCCAUCCGUUCCAGAAGGGCGGGAUGCGCUGGAUGAUGCAGCCGCCGCCGUCGGCGAGCGUGAUGUCGGGGAAGCAGCAUCCGUCUGCGAGUAACAUCUCGAUUACUCGCAGUCGCAGCGGGAGUAGAGCGAGUACGCUCCCACCGAGCACGCCGAAUCUGAAUCGUCAGGUUACGGGGCGCGUGGUGGAGGAGAAGUUGCGCAGGGGGGAGACGCCGUCGGAUGCGGAGAUGAGGGUGUUGUCGAGGCAUAUUUCGGGCGCGAAGACGCUUAGCUCUGCGAAAUCGCUUGAGCCGUUGCAGAGGGUUAGUAGGACGAGGAGUUACUCCUCGAGCGAUGCGGAGGAUGAGAGUGAAGCACCCAGCCCGAGUAGGGCGGGGAAUGGGCUAAAAGCCGAAGAGAACAGGCAGGGGAAGCUGUCGCCGGUAUUCUCGGCCGCGGCGCAGAGGAGGAUGAGCCAGGAUUCUAUUGAGGAUGUGCCUGUGGCUGGUGAGGGGGGUGUGGCACCAGCGACGUCGGGAUCAAAGAAGGGGAAGGGGGAGAGGAGGAAGAAGGAACGCAGCCAGAGGGAGAGGCCGACCAGUCCGCAGAGCUCGCCUGAGCGGUUACCGCUUGAAAGCCUGGGGCAGAGGCAGGAAACGAGGGUGCAGAGCCCGCCGCCGGCGAAACUUAAGGGGGAGGUGGAGGAGUUGGAGUUGAAGAGCGAGGAGGCGGGCGUUGUGGCGUAGAGCCUCGUUGAUUGUCUGCAUAUAUCAGAACCCAACGCCAGGCCGGGAUAUCUCGCGCCUAUAGACAUACACGAGGACAACUCGACUCCUACGACGCAACACGCCUAUACUCCCUCACACCAUGAGCUGGGUGAUAAUCAACAGGUUGUCUGCACACAACCUCGCCCUCUCCUCCCUCGCUCCAGCAUAGGAAACAAAAGCUUGCUGCAACUCAACACCUUCUCAAGAAGCUGACACAACAAUACGCACAAGCAUUCUCAUCGGCCGGAACCAUCCACCGCGCCACCACACACAACUAUACUACAAUAUUUUUUUUACUACACCACCACCUUAACCAUCCCAUCCACCACCACUACCGGAUUGGGAUUUUCUUGUACAUCGUUUUCAAACACCUUCAUUCACCGUUCACUCAAAAAACGGCUACCACAACCUUCUUUCAAGCUACUACUACUACUCGUUUUAAACCAUUCAUGGACAUACAUUCUCUUCGGCGUCCACCAACCCAACCCACUGCUGUGGUUGGUAGCACCGUGCCUGUUUUCGUCGUACAAAAACCUUUUUUUAACUCAUUGUUUUUCUUUUUUUUAGUUUGAAGGGGGGAGAUGAGCGCUGGCGUUUCGUGUGUUGCAUUUGGGAAUGGUGUGUUUUGGGAAUUGGGUUUGGGAUUUUUUUCUUUGAAGGGGAAGUGUUGCAUGAGAGGGGAGGAGAGAAGGGGGGCGUUCGAAGAGGGUAUGCGAGCGGAGGAGAUAGAAUGGAUAGACGGACGGAUAGAUAAAGAUGAGAGAUAUUAUUCCUAUGCGUUUGCGUGUUGUUGUGUGCGGUUGGAAGGGAUGCAUUCUAAUCUGGCUGAUGCUUCUGUGCCCGAUGGUUUUAAUAAAGAUAAAAUCCCAAGCCGUGAACGGAUAUAAUCCGCCAACGUCAUAUAACCAAACAAACAAAGAAACAUAAUAAACCAGCAACCCC